GGAUGACGAUGACAAGGAAUGAGACGGAAGGCAGCUUGUUCGACCAUCCGCAUGCUCCUUCCUGCCCUUGUCUCGAUCUAUCGCCAGGCUGGAAGAGGAUGCGAUACGACGACUACCAAAUUAGAGUGUUGCUUGCUUGCUAUGUGGAUGGGUGGGAUGGAUGGUGUAAGUUAUGUGCCUAGCUUGCUUGAGGUUGCCGGGUAGAGAACUGGGCCAGACCUGCAUCCGAUGUCGAUACGUACUCCGGACAGGGGAAGCAACUCUGCCCUUGGAAAUUUUCCGCAUUAUUGUAACCCUUGC